UACGGAGUCUCCCCAGGCGCGGCGCGUUUGUAGCAUAUUUUGAAGCCGACUGAGACGCUCAGGAAGAAUGACGUAGACGCCCGUUUGGAAUAUGAGAGCGUCCAACUUUACCGCCACGCACGCAUGCGGACGGCGUCUCGUCGAUGCACGUUCGCGUCCAGAAACAACUCGUCUCCAAGAUACUCUCCAUAAUCUCUGCAGUCUUGCUAACCUCCCGGACGCUUCAGAAUUUGCGAAUCACGUACCACGCUCCCGCUCGAACCCCUUUAUCGAAAGUCAAAAGGUAAAUCCAUGCUUCAAGCGGUGAAUCGAGGGAUCAGGCGCGUGCGUCGGUCGGCU